GAAAGUAAUCUAUUUAUGUUUCAAUACUUUUGAUGAUUUUAGUUAUGCUAAUAACACCAUUUUUUGCACGACAAAUCGAUGACCUAACUUGCCCUGAAGUUCUUUUGGCAUUGUUACCAUGUCUUCCAUUUUUGCAAGGAAUUGGUCCUCCCACACCGCCGAAUAAUUGUUGUAUUGGUUUAAAUAAUUUGAAUCAAAGGGCCAACACCAUCCAGAUUCGAAAAGAUGUUUGCAAUUGUCUCAAACCUGCUGCAUCAAGAUUUAAAGUUAACCCUGAUAAAUCAAAACAACUGCCUAAGCUUUGUAACAUUGCUCUUUCUGUUCCUUUUGAUCCUAGUGUUGAUUGCAACACGGUUCAAUGAUGCUAUAACAUGGGGAAUGUUGAUUGUAAAAGAAUC